CUUAAUCAUUCAAAAUCCUAUUUGCAGAUUUUCCUUAUUUACUUUUUUCUACUAAUACCAUGGCCUCAUACACAUGUUUUCAAACGUUUAUGCUCCAAAGAUAACAGUCGUUUAGUACGAAAAAUUGUACGAUCCAAAUGGACACCGAUAUUAGAUAAAUACCAGGUUAAACUUCCUCUCGAAUGUCCUUUACAUCCAUUUCGAGAUAUAUUUGCACCCCGACAAGAUGCCAAAAAACGUGAUAGACCCACACAGUGGACGUGUCGUCUGUGUGGUAAAAGUUUCUAUCAGGAGAAAUUUUUGGAUUUACAUUUUGAAACACGACAUAAAACUGUUAUAAAUGAGGCUCAAGAUGCUGUUUGUUUGGCAGAUUAUUGCGAUAUAAUGCGUUGUGAGGUUUUUCAAUCGGAAGAGUCAUCAUCUUUAAAAUUGGGCGAUCAGAGUAUUGUUACAGAUAUUGAAGUUUGGGGCGAUUCAUUUGGACAAAAUUCAGCACUGGCUAAGGCGAAUGUAGCGUAUUUAAGUUUAUUACCCAUUAGAACUUCCUCAACUGGUGCAGCAACACGUGCAGCCAAAGUACAAAAUCGUCAAUUGUGUCAGGAUAAAAUUGGCCAAACUAAAUGUCAACAGACUGAUUCACACCAAAAUUCUAAUGAAAAUUUUUACAACAACAAUAAUGGUGCCUCGCGUUCAAAAUUUUCCCAAGCACCACAGUCUUCAGCCGAAAGUCUUACAUCUUCGGCAGCAGCACCGCAUAUACACAUACACAGCAGCAGCUCAUCCUCAUCUUCGUCGUCGUCGUCAUCGUCAUCAUCUUCUGCUGCGGCUUCUUCUCAUGCCCACAAACACUCUACUGCAUCUGCUGCAAAAAUAACAACGAAAUCAGUUAAAACUGCAAAAGAUUCAUCAUCAGAAGAUUCUAAGGCUAGAGCUGGUCAAAAGUCAGAAGAUAAUAAUGAUGAUGAGGAGGACGAAGACGGUAAUAGUGCAAAACGAAAUGCCAAUACAUCGGACGAGGACAGUAAUAAAACUUCGAGUGCCCAAUUAACAAAUAUGCAAAAAAUACGAGCCAAUUGUAAGGCCGAAGAAUUGAGUAAACUUAAAGCCAAAUGUGAGUAUUUGGUAAGAAGUUGUAUAGGCGGCCUUAUACUCUCAAUGACUGAUCAACAGUUUAAGGAUAUGGAGGAGGAAAUGAAUAAAGCUGUUUGCUGGUAUCUAACCUGUGAACGUUAUUGGGAAGAUGGUCCUUUGGAACCACGUGCCUUUCCUUGGGGUUUAAUAUUAAUUUUAAUUUUUGUUUUAUCUACCGGCAUUUGUUUUUGUUAUUAUAUCAUUUGGAUAUUAUUUGACUCCGAAGAGACGACAAUCAAUGCCACAACCAAUCAUCAGCAUAUGUAUAUACCCACCCACCAGCACUAUCAUCCACAACAUUUGCAGCAACAUCAGCAGCAGCAUCAGCUGCAGCAACAGCUUCAUCAUCAACAGCAGCAGCAACAACAAACUAUACACCCAGAUCAUUAUCAUUUUCAAGAUUACCCUACCACCGGCAUACAUCAUGGUAUGACCAACGUCGAGCCUCAGACCAACACCUCAUAUUAUUACCAACAGCAGCAGCAUCAGCAUCAGCAACAGGCUCAAGCACAGCAACAAGCCGAAUUACAUCAUCACCAGCAAGCAAUGCAACACGAUAUAUACCCAGAACCAGUGCAAUACGAUUAUCGUCACAGUCCAAGACGUUACAUAGGAGAUCAGCGUCUGCCGGGUACGCCCACGAUUACGAUGAGCGGUGGCGCUGCCAUCGGAGGCGGACAGACUCCACUGCAUCGUCAGCAGACGAAUCUGGCAUACCAACAGGACAUUUUAGACCGACGAGACUAUAUAAGUAGACCCAUUGCCACAUCUGUGGUAACAGGUGUUGGUGGUACGCAUGGACCAAAUUCCGGUUCGACCGGAGCCCUCAGUCAUCAUUCGGCACAAAUGGAUUGUGAUAACACACUGCCGGCCACCCAUUUGGGCACAGCCAGCGGCGGUGGUGGGGGUGUGAAACAUUAUAAUACCAUACCAAGACCUCUCGAGCCGCGUCAACGUUAUGUUAGCGGUUCACAGCAAUCGUUGCGCGCCUCCUCGUCAUCUCAUGAAAUCAUUCAAAAUGAAGUUGGGCACAAUGAACAUUAUAUUUAUGUAACUUAUCCGCCGGAUUUAAAAAAACGCUUUUUCGAAAAAUAUGAAUGAAUCAGUGAAUCAAUUCUAUUAAUUUUUCCAUGAAACUCGUGUCUAUCUGAACAGAUGAUUACUAAAACUCUUUAAAAAAAUAAGCUUGAAAGUAGUUAAAGAAAUAAUAGAAUUUUUUCAUAUUUUAAACUUAAGUAUGAAUAUAAUACGAGUACUCGCAUUUUAGAGGUUGGAUUUUUAUUUGUUAAAUUUUUUUUAUAUCACAAUUAAAAAAUUAUUUUUGAAAAUUAACUUAUGUAAAGUUUAAUUUAUGAAAAACAUUUUUUUCUUUUUCUCUCAGCACUCGCAUUAUUUAAAUGAACAAAAUACCAAAGAUUAUCAUUAGCAAAAGAACAAUUUUAUUGAGUAAAAGAAUAAUAAUAGAAAUAAUUAUUAUGAAUAAAAUUAAAAAAAAAAAAACACUUAAUUAUAUGAAUAAGUUGUUAUCUACAGUCAUACUUAUAUAAAUUAUUUUGUCAAUUCUUUUUAUAAAUAAAUAAAAAAAAACAAA